GCGACCAGUCCGGACGUGCACGGUCCUAGUGACCACGCGGUGUGAUAUUAAUGUUAGUAUUGGUUAUACAAUCCACGUAAAGGCUUCAGCGAUCGAUUUGGUGCAUAUAUAUCUAACUAUAAGAUUCAAAGCAUCUUUAUCGCAUUGAAAUGCUGCGUGGACUAACAUUUUGGUGCGUGAUAGUGUUGUUUAUCUGUAGGUGGCAAACAUCUAUGGCUCAGUUACCUGGAGUACAAAGUAUCAUACAAUUCUACCGGGACGGCGAUGAACGUUUGGAAUAUGAAAAGCCCGACCAGCAACCUUUGCUUCCUGAGUACGAUUUCAUCAUUGUUGGCGGUGGAUCUGCCGGCUGUGUUUUGGCAAACCGACUCACAGAAAUAUCCCAUUGGUCGGUGCUGCUGAUCGAAGCUGGGCCGCGCGAGAACCUUUUGAUGGACAUACCGAUAUUUGCACAUUAUCUACAGCGAUUGAGUAUCAAUUGGGACUAUCGUACGAAGCCAAGCGAUCAGUGCUGUCUGGCGUUUAAGAACAAUCAAUGCCGCCUUCCUCGGGGCAAAGUGAUGGGCGGCUCAAGCGUUCUUAACUACAUGAUCUACACCCGCGGCAAUCGCCGAGACUAUGAUGCGUGGGCAGCAAAAGGAAAUCCAGGCUGGUCCUUCAAUGAUGUGAUGCCGUACUUCCAAAAGCUUGAGAAAAAUAUCGUUCCUGACUCUCACCCUAUGUACGCUGGUCGCAAUGGCCCCGUCACGAUAUCAUAUCCCAGUUAUCGCACCAGCGUGGCUCGCGCGUUUGUGAAAGCAAACAUGGAAUUAGGCCUGCCCUACGUUGACUAUAACGGACCCAGCCAGAUCGGAACAUCCUUUAUUCAAAGUACCACAAAGAAUGGCCAGCGUGUAUCCUCCAACAACGCCUAUCUUUACCCGAUACGAAACCGAACCAAUUUGCAUAUUAUUCGAAACGCUCACGUCACAAAGAUUUUGCUCAAUCGUGAUACGAAGAGGGCCACAGGUGUUCAGUUCUAUGCGAACCAUCGCUAUCAAAAGGUUCGUGCUCGUCGUGAAGUGAUUGUUUCCGCUGGGGCUAUAGGUUCGCCACACCUGCUCAUGCUGUCCGGUAUCGGUCCGGCCAAGCAUCUACGCCUGAAAGGUAUACAACCUUUGGCAAAUCUUGCUGUCGGGUUUAACUUUCAAGAUCAUGUGGCGGGUGGAGCAUUAACGUUUCUCAUCAAUCACACGGAAACACUCACUUCCAAACGCAUGUUCACAUUGGAAAGUUUCGUGGAAUACGAACACCAACACACAGGUAUGAUGGCUUCUACUGGAGCGUGUGAGGCGAUCUGUUUUCACGACACAACUCAAUCGCCCAAUCAGGCCAAAGAAGCUGGUUGGCCUGAUCUGGAACUGCUAUUGAUCGGAGGAACACACGCAGCCGAUCGUAUUUACGAAUCCAACUUUAACUACAAACCGGAAAUCUUUAACGCCCUAUUCGAUGAUAUUGAGCGACGCGGACUGGAGGGAUACACAGUAUUCCCGAUGAUUUUACGACCCCGUAGCAAGGGUCGAAUACGGUUGGCCAGUGCUGAUCCCUUUGAGCAUCCGAUUAUUCAACCUAACUACCUCGGAGAUCCGUAUGACUUGGAGGUUUCGGUGCGUGGGAUUCGUAAGGCGAUUGAGCUCACGAAAACUAACACGCUCAAAAGUUUCGAUGCCCGGUUGCUCGACAUUCCGAUACCGGGAUGUGAGCAGCACAUAUUUGACACCGACGAUUACUGGAAGUGCUUUACGCGACACGUGACGUACACGAUCUACCACCACGUGGGUACGUGUAAGAUGGGCCCGGCAAGUGAUAGGCUAGCGGUGGUUGAUCCCCGUCUGCGUGUGCACGGUGUGAAGGGAUUACGGGUAAUCGAUGCUAGCGUUAUGCCGGAUAUUCCGGCGGCUCAUACCAACGGACCAACGAUCAUGAUUGCUGAAAAGGGUGCCGAUAUGAUAAAGGAAGAUUGGGACUUGUAAGGAAUUGUUGCAAUAAAAAUUGAGACCAUACAAUUGGUUACUAUACAAGCCUGUACAGAAUUAUACAUUGACUUUCGCGGUUUACAAAUACCAGUACUUUUGAAAUAGUGAGCAUCAUUCCAUUUUGAAAAGAUUAUAUUCUGCGCCUAAGUAAAAUACACCUAACACCGGUUCAAUUGAAGCAGUUAGUUAAAAUGAUUACAAUCAUAAAAUACACUUGUAGCAUAUCUGAUAAACAGAACUUAUUAUAAACCACACUAUCAGCUAUAGACUCAUUGUAACACACUUCGGAAAGCCAAACCACACUAUUGCAACACAUUCAUUAUAACACACUCAGUAAAUCAGAUCAUACCAUAACAAAGCAACCGGAAUAAUUCAGGCCACACAGUUCAUAUACAAACAAUUGUGACACACUUCUUGAAAACACCCGAAAGACGCAUCUUAGGCAAAUCAGGCGUUACUGCACGCAAACUAGGCGAACCGAGAACACAUAGCAAGUUAUAAGCUCAGCGACGAAAACAUCCAUUAUUUACCAACAAUAGUUGAAACUUUCUUUCACAAUACAGUAAAACCGAAGUAUAGGCACACAUCGACAAACACCUCACACCAUUUCAAUUUAUAAAUUCUUGCCAAUAACAAUAACAUUUAAUAAGGAUAAAAAC